AUGUUUUCAGGAUGUUUUGACCUUAGAGGGUUGACUGCUGCACCACUCAAAGAUAGAAGUAUGACUUCCUAUCAGAAGAUCAUUCCAAUUCUGGGACUCUCAUGGGACACCGAGAAUGAUGAAAUCUAUUGCAAUUUAACCCCUUUGACCUUUUUCGGAGAGUGCCCACACAAAACGAUCUCUUCUGUCAGUCUCACAGAGGGUAUUCGACCCCAUCGGAUUUACAAGUCUAACCACGUUAAAUCCAAAACUCAUUCUGUAAAAUCAUGGAAGAUGAAACUUUCCUGCAAUGAAAAUCUUCCACAAGGUAUAGAAAGAGAAUUUCAGGCUUGGCUCAAAAGACUACACUUCUUGAAUUAUUGUAAAACUUCCAGAAGACUUGUGAUUGGACCCUUCGAUGACUGCUCUAUCUCUCUACAUUGUUUUAGUGAUGCUAGUGAGGUACCUUAUGCAGCAUGCAUUUUCUUACGUGCAUAUUUUGAGGGCAAAACUUCAGUACAAUUGGUAUUAUUUAAAUCAAGAGUAGCGCCUGCCAAAGAAGUAACUAUUCCCAGAUUAGAGUUGCUUGGAGCACUUACAGCUACUCGGCUGUACCGUCAAGUCAUUGACGCUCUUAAACUGACAAAGUGCCAUAUGUACCUUUGGAGAAACUCAUCUGUAGUUCUGACAAGGAUCAAAAAAGACUCCCACUGGAGUGUUUUUGUGGCCAAUCGUGUAGCUGAAAUAAGGAGAUGCACAAAUCCGGAUGACUGGCAUUAUGCACCAAGCUCAAGCAAUCCAGCUGAUCAUCCCUCUAGAGGGUGCGAUGCCAAAAUAUUGCUACAGAGCAGAUGGUGGGAGUGGCCAGAUUGGCUUAAAUAA